GGUUGAAACGCUCCGUUCCCGCCCGAAUUUACUUAGUCGGGCAAUAUAUUUGACACAACUUCACAAGCGCCUGCAGUUACACGGACGAUGAGCGACCUAACGCUGUAUUACUUUCCAGCAUCCUAUUAUUCACAGAGGGCUCUUUUAGCUCUCUAUGAAAAGAAUGCAAAAUUCAAACACAAGGUGGUGUUUAUUCACUCUGGGGACCAGAAUGACCCCACCUAUAUGAGGAUGAAUCCUGCCGGCCAGGUGCCAGUGCUGACAGAUGGAAAGAAGGUCAUCACCGAAUCUGAUGCAGUGAUUAGAUAUGUGGAUGAAAAUGUACAUACAGGUUCUACAUUGAUCCCUGAUGAAAGUUCUCCGGUUGGUAAAGAAGUGGCUCGUUUAUGGAAAUUGAUUAAUACUGUGAAGGUGGAAAUUGUUACUUUUGGGGUAGUCAACUUCCAGGAUUUGUCCAAGUCAGGCCUUCAUCCAAUGGCACAAGGAAUGAAAGGUUUUCUUGGAAAACGAUCUGAUGAAAUAAAGAAAAAUCUAACAGCUUUAGCUGACAAAUAUCCAGAUCUUCGUGAUGCUUACAAUGUGAAGAUUGAAUCUGCCUUCAAUUUUCAGCAAAAUUAUCAGAACAGAGAACUUGUUGUUCAGAUAUUGAAUGAUUUGGAAAAAACUUUUGAUGAAAUGGAAAGGACACUGAAAAAAGUUACAGAAGAGCAGGGUGUCAGUGAUCCUUGGUUGGUGGGGCCACGCUUUACGGCAGCGGACAUUGCUCUGACCACUCUUCUAGACAGGAUAUCAUUCCUCGGACUAGCUGAGCGAUACUUCACCUUGGAGGUUCGCCCUCUUCUAUACAGCUACUUCAAGAGGCUAGGGACCAGGAAGAGUGUUCAGCAAGUCAGGGCGGGGAUUGCUGGCAUCCCACGGCUGUUUAUUCUACGUAAACUGAAGAAGUCUUCCCCGUUUGUUGUGGGGGCACUUGCUGUUGGUAUAGCAGCUGCUGUGGCAUAUAAUAUAGUCAAUAAGAAGUAAACAACGUCUUGGAGAGGCUAAUACAUGUAAAUAGACUUAUAGACAGCAUGUAGCUGAUAAAUGAGAAAUCUUUCAAGGAGACUUGACAAUCUGCAAUCAUGUUAUGCAGGCAGUAGAUGUAAAUUAUUCAGUAGAACUGCUAUUUAGGUUGUACAUGUAAGCACAUGUAAUACAUAUAUAACUCUGUCAUAGGGCAUGGAUAUGAAUUUUGUUACUGAUAGUUUUUAUACCUUUGUUACAUAAUGUUCUGGUCAUUCCUUUAUGAUAUGAUUUGUUCUCUCUGUCUGUCAUGAUGAUUUUAUUUUGAUUUGCAAGUACAUAGUAAUUUGAAAUGUGGUUGUCAGGUUUAAAUGUGUAUAAAUGAUGACAUUGGUUUUAUAAUAAUUUGCCUACGGUACUUGCUGGGUUUUAGAGGGUGUCCAUAGGGAAAGCUGGCAUAUUGAAUGUAUAUUCAUUAAAUUAGAAAUGCAACCUAAUAUUUUUUUUCUUUUUCAACCAUCUGUAACAUAGAGAAAAUGAAGAAAGUCUCUACACAAUAAAGGGCAAAUAACUCUUGCUGAAGCACCUCAUUUACAUGUACAUUGUUACAUAUUUCAUAGAAUAUCAUUGACUCUUUUAAAAGCUAGCCGUGUACAUGUAAUAGAUAAGUAUCACAAGAAGCGGGAACCUGGCACCAGUGUUAUGUGUCUACACUGAAAUAACAAAUAUAAUGUCUUAACCUUGUAACAUGCAAGAUCGUGGAGUUUGAUAGCUGUAAUGUCACUCGGGAGUUCUGAGAACAGUUUCAUGAUAGGUACAACUGAUUGAUUACAAAAUCGAUUACAAAGUAAACUCUUUUGUGUAGAAUAGAAUAGUUCAGUAGCAGAGAAAUAUGAUGAAUUCUUAUUCAAUACAAAUUUCAGGCAGAUGAUUUAUUUAUAUGAAUUGUUGUACACUGCUUCUUUUUCUUCAUGGCAUUGCAUUGUGAUUAUCAUGUACUCAGUUUCGGUGUAGAUUUUAUUAGGCUUGCAUACUUUAUUAUCAAUAUAUUUUUAUCAUCUAGUCUGUGAUUUGAAUCUAUUUUUUUUUUUUUUUAAGGUUUGUGAUAUAAAUUUGACAGUGAAUGUAUUUUGCUGAAAUGUUCAGAAGUUGUACAAUCUUAAAACAUAUUAGUGCAAUAAAUAUAUCCGAAAGUAUUGAAAAAUCUGGUUCCAGAUACAGAAGGCCAAAUGUUAACUGAACUUCAGAACACGUUUAUAUUUACGUAUACACUUCUAUUUGUUCAUUUAUGAGUAUUUUGAAUAACUUUCUGGCUAGCAAUAUGAAUGGUUGAGGUUGUAGAUUUUUUUCCCUACUUUUUAAUAUACCAAUAUACAUUUUGUUUGUUUUGAUAGGAUUUCUUAAUAUUUAGGACCAAUUCUUAUCACUUGAAAAUAUUAUCCAAGAUAAAUUAUAAAAAGUUA